CGGGAUGUUUAACUGAUGAAUCUGAUAUCAGGAGAAUGUGUACACUUUCACACAUCAUUAUGGUUUAAGCCCCGUGUGCUUCACAGAGAGAGUACAUGAGCUCCAGUCACCACUGAGUUUUUGAACUGAAGCACAAUUAUCAGACAUGAUUUUAGAUAUCAGAUAAUAUGAUGUGACGUGUGAGAGUGUGAAGCCAACCGCCGUUAAACAUUAAGAAGAAGAAGAAGAAGAAGUGAUUUUGUGAUUUGUAGACGCUCCCUCGGCGACAGUAUGGCGGGUCUGACUGCACGCGAACAUCAGAACAUCACACACAGUCUGAUCUGAUCUGAGAUCUGCAGCAGAUAUCAAACACACACGGGUCAGGAUGGAGCACACGCCCGAGACACACAGCAAAGAAGUGGACAUUUAUCGGGACACAUGGGUGAGAUUUCUGGGUUACGCUAACGAGGUGGGCGAGGCAUUCCGCGCGCUGGUGCCGGUCAGCGCCGUGUGGGCCAGUUACGCCGUGGCCACCGCAUACGUGUCCGCUGACGCGCUGGACAAAGGCAGGAAGGCAGCAGCGGCUCACGCUGAGGAUCAUGGGAAGGCGGCGCGAGUGGCUGUCGCUGUGGUCGAUACGUUCGUCUGGCAGGCUUUGGCUUCGGUGGCCAUUCCUGGAUUCACCAUCAACCGUGUCUGCGCCGCGUCGCUCUUCCUGCUGGGAAAAACCACACGCUGGCCACUUCCUGUGCGCAAGUGGACCACGACCGCCAUCGGCCUCUCCACCAUCCCCUUCAUCAUCACACCCAUCGACCGGUCGGUGGAUUUCCUGUUGGACUCCAGUCUGCGGAAACUCUAUGGUGAAGGAGAAAAACAUGAAUGAGCCUCAUGACGACACACCCCUGACCCCUGACCUCUGACCCCUGACCCCUGACCCCUGCAGCCAGCUCGAGCGCCGGUCUGUGAUCAUCAGCAGAAGCGUGUCUGACACAGAUGUGAUUUCUGGUGUUUCAGAUGAAGUGUGCCUCUCUCAGACUUCAUAAUGUUUUUUUCUGUGCGGUUGUUUGUUUUCAGGUUUGUUAAAGGUUUACUUUGGCUCUUUUGUCUCAUUAUUACAUGGAUUCUAUUUCUGGUGAACGGUUGAAGAAUCCAGUACUGUAUGUUUCUGUAUAAAUGAUAAACUAGUGAAGGACGGGUUUCUAAAUACUGUCGUAUCGGAUCAGUCUGAUGUGUGUAAUCUCACAGUAAAGGGAUCAGCCGUUUCUCAUGAAGCCAUAAACUCUAUGCAAGUUCAGUUCUGAAUGUUCUGCUGGAGCACAAAAAGUGGCAUUAAACAUAUUUUUUAAUCA